AUGAUUCGACACACCCCCCUGUCGAAACCACGUCAGGAAAAAGGCGAUGAGGUACCUCAAGAGACCGCAAGUUUACCUGACGUGAGGCGCAGUGGAAGAAUAAACAAAGGGAUAGGACCCCCAAGGUACGACGAGCUCCUUCAAAGCCGGUUAACAAAUAUAACGGAAUAUCGCGUCACGACCCCGCAAAUAAUAGAAAAUAGACCGCCGUCCGUCAUUUCGCGCAAUUCUGUUAGCUCAAACGCUAGGGCCAGUAGACAACUGGAAAUCGAGCUGCGCCGUCAAGAAGAAUUAGCGGAACUAGACCACCAAAAAGCGGAACGCGACCGUCAGAUAAUCGACCUCCGCGCUCGCCUUGAGGAAGCAAAAAUGUUCGAAGACGAACAGCGUAGAUGCCCGUCAAAAGCAAGCUACGCGAGUGUACGGUCGAUGACGACAAUAAAUUCACAACAUUUAAAAGUCGUGGAUUGGCUACAAAAGGGAAACGCGUCGGACGACAAAAAUAAAAGGCGCGAUUCAGAAAAUAGAAAAAUAGAUCUCGACAGUAUGGGAAAAUUUAGGGCACCACCCGUAAAUAACGCGUAUAUGGCACGACAAGCCCUAGGAAAAGAUCUCCCUGAAUUUAAGGGAUCGACAUCAGACUGGAUACUGUUUGAAAAAAUGUUUUACCAGACGACGGAAGCGUGCGGUUUCUCCCCAGCCGAAAACAUGCUUCGACUACAAAAGUGCUUGAAAGGAGACGCGUUAGAAUCGGUUAGAGCACUAUUAAUGACCACGAACGUCGACCGGGUAAUUAUUGUACUGAGACGACGUUUCGGACGAGCGGAACAUAUUAUAGAGGACAUAGUGCACAAAGUUACAAGCGCGCCUAGUGUGAAAGAAGACCGCCCUAUUACGAUGAUUCGAUUCGCGGAGGGCGUAACAAAUCUCGUUGCCACGAUCGAAUCGCUGAAUCAACCUUCCUAUCUCACUAACCCGCUGUUAGUUAAACAAUUAGUUAGCAAGCUACCCGCGUCGGAAAGAAUGGCAUGGGGUAAGAAAACGGCUAAAAAUCAGGACGGAACGUGUUUACGCGAAUUUUCGGAAUGGAUAGAAGAAGAAGCAGACGCCGCGAGUGCUAUCUACCAACCGGAAAGAGACAGAAACGAGAAAUGCGUUAUGACGUGUCGCGACGCGGACCAAGUCAAGAGUGUCGACAAUGGGAAGUGCCUGUACUGCGACAGGAAAUCGCAUCCGACAGAUGCCUGCUACAGUUUUUUAAAGUUGGCCGUUGACGACCGAUGGAAGUGGGUGAGGAAGAAAAGAGUGUGCUUUAGAUGUCUCGGAACAAAUCACAACAUCCGAGAAUGUAAAGCACAAGGGUGUACUCAACCAGGAUGUACUCAUAGACACCACACUCUCCUGCACAACGAUUUUUUAGAAUCGCGUCAAAGGACGACAAAAUCGGACGGAAAGUCGACUUCGACAACUGAGAACAACGAAAAUAACAUAGAACGUGUUACUUUCACAAACAAAGACGCGAGACGAGUAUACCUGCGUAUCCUCCCCGUGACGUUGAGAGGACCCGACCGAGAGAUUGACACGUACGCGCUGCUGGAUGGUGGCUCAACCGUGUCGUUAAUUUCGGAAGAAAUGGCGGACAAACUCGGACUAAGAGGACCGCGACGGCCUCUUAUCGCCUCGUGGUACGAUAACACAACAAACGAGGAUCAUGCGUCUCGCGAAGUGAACCUCGAGAUCCGCGGAAUAAACGGAAAGACUUUUAAUAUCCGUGAUGCGCGUACUACAAAAAUGAACAUGCCGGGACAAUCAAUGACAGUUAACUCGAAAAAGUGGCCUUAUUUAAGGGAUAUUGACAUUCCAGAUUUAAAUGAAGCCGUACCGACUAUAAUGAUAGGAGAAGAUAACCUUCAUUUAAAGAAAGUGAUUAGACAAGUAGCCGGGAAACAAGGAACACCCUUCGCGACACUGACACCCCUCGGAUGGAUGGUCCACGGUCCUGAUUUCGCCGAAAGACCCGAAAGGGAUGUAGCGCUCCUUGUGCGACACAAAAAUGAGGAAUGCGAAUUGAAUGAACUUGUCCGAGACUUUUGGACCACAGAAUCAUUUCGGGUUACACCUUCUUGUCGAAAUGUAAGCUCUAACGAAGAUAAGAGAGCAAGGGAAGUUUUAAAAAGAACAAUGAAACGAGUAGGGGAUCGAUGGGAAGUAGGUCUGCUCUGGAAAGUCGAUCAAGAGGUUUUACCAGAAAGCUACGAGAACGCAAAAAAGCGUCUUAUUUCUAUCAACAAAAAAAUGGCAAGUGAUCCGGAGUUCGGUAAAAGGUACAGCGCCAAUAUACAGGCAUAUAUUACCAAAGGAUAUGCACGUAAAGUGACCGACGAGGAAUCCAAACAACGGAGCGACAGAAUAUGGUAUCUGCCGCAUUUUGCAGCCUAUAACCCUCAGAAACCCGACAAACUACGAAUGGUUCUCGACGCUGCUUCCAAAAGUCACGGACUUAGUUUAAACGACAGACUGCUGAAAGGACCAGAUUUGUUAAAACCAUUACCAGGUGUUCUGUUCCGAUUUAGAGAAAAAAGAAUUGCGAUAUGUGGCGACCUCCGCGAGAUGUUCCAUCAGGUACGCAUUCGCAAAGAAGAUCAACCAAGUCAACGCAUUCUUUGGCGAGACGACACCACCAAGGAAAUACAGACAUUGGAAAUGACUGUCAUGAUUUUCGGAGCGAUAUCAUCUCCCUACGUGGCCCACGAAGUAAGAAACCAUAACGCGGAGGAAUUUCGAGACUUGUACCCUGAAGCAUACGAUGCAAUCGUAAAUAAUCACUACGUCGACGACUUUCUGGAUAGUGCAGAUACCAUUGAUGACGCCACGCGUAAGGUACGGAAAGUUAUGUACGUACACAAAAGGGGAGGAUUCGAGUUACGCAACAUAAUGACAAACUCAUCGGAAGUUCGAGCCUCUCUUAACGCGGAAUUUCUCGCUCCAACAAAUGAAAAGCUCACUAUCUUUGGUGAAAAUUAUACGCGCGUACUAGGCGUUAACUGGACGCCAGAAAUAGACUGCUUCUUUUUCUCAACAGAAUUCCUGAAAUCAACAGAAGAAGUGACAAGGGACACAAAGGGCCUCACGAAAAGGACACUCUUGAAAAUGUUGAUGUCCCUCUUUGAUCCGUUAGGACUUUUAGCCCCGUUGACAAUUCGAGGAAAAAUUAUCCUACAGGACAUUUGGAGAGAAGGAACCAAGUGGGACGAAGAAGUCACUGAAGACACAGCGAAGUCAUGGGCCACCUGGAUUGAAGAUCUCCAACAAGCGGAACAUCUAAGAAUUCCUCGACACUAUGCAGGACUCAUCGACCGAUUACAAAACGUCCAAUUACAUGUGUUCUGCGACGCCAGUAUCCAAGCCUUCGCCGCCGUAGCCUACUUGCGCCUACAAGAAGAAGAUAAAGUGCAGACAGCCCUAGUUAUGGCUAAAACGAGAGUAGCCCCGAUUAAGUUGCUGACAGUUCCCCGACUAGAACUUCAGAGCGCCGUCAUGGCCACACGUCUGGCAGAAUUCAUCCAACAAGAACACAACAUAGUCUUCGACAAAACAAUCUUCUGGCCCGAUUCCCAAACUGCGUUGGGAUGGAUUCAAUCCGAUGCCAGGAAAUAUCAACCAUUCGUGGCACAUCGGAUCGCUGAGAUUCUCGAUAAAAGCUCACCGACUGAUUGGCGAUGGGUGCCAACAGAGCUUAAUGUAGCAGACGACGCAACUCGAAGCAAAAAACAGGAAACACUACACAAUACGAGCCGUUGGUUCCAAGGACCGGAAUUUCUACGUCAACCAGAGAGCGAAUGGCCACAGCCCAAGACCCUGGACAGACAGUCCGCAGAAAUAACAGGUGAGAUGAAAAAAGAACACUGCUUCAUAACUCAUGUUGAAGUACCGAUAAUAGACAGCAGCUGUUUCUCCUCGUGGUUGAGAAUAACUCGCGUAGCAGCAUGGAUGCUGCGAUUCAUCGACCGGUGCCGAAAGAGGCCGCUUUCAACGAGUUCGUCGGAACUUACCGGACUCGAAAUGAGACGAGCUGAACACUAUGUGAUACGAUAA